GGCGGCGGCGGCAUGGAGGAGCUGAGCAGCGUGGGCGAGCAGGUCUUCGCCGCCGAGUGCAUCCUGAGCAAGCGGCUCCGCAAGGGCAAGCUGGAGUACCUGGUCAAGUGGCGCGGCUGGUCCUCCAAACAUAACAGCUGGGAGCCAGAAGAGAACAUCCUGGACCCCAGGCUGCUCCUGGCCUUCCAGAAGAAGGAACACGAGAAGGAGGUGCAAAACCGGAAGAGAGGCAAGAGGCCAAGGGGCAGGCCCAGGAAGCACACAGUGAUGUCGUCCUGCAGCCGCCGCUCCAAGCUCAAGGAACCAGAUGCUCCCUCCAAGUCCAAAUCCAGCAGUUCCUCCUCUUCCUCCACAUCUUCCUCCUCUUCCUCGGAUGAAGACGAUGACAGCGACCUGGAUGCCAAGAGAGGUCCCCGGGGCCGUGAGACCCACCCAGUGCCUCAGAAGAAGGCCCAAAUUCUAGUGGCCAAGCCGGAGCUGAAGGACCCUAUCCGCAAGAAACGAGGACGUAAGCCCCUGCCCCCGGAACAGAAGGCCGCGCGGAGACCUGUGAGCCUGGCCAAGGUGCUGAAAACCACCCGGAAGGACCUAGGAGCUCCCAGCAAGCUGCCCCCUCCACUCAGCGCCCCUGUGGCAGGUCUGGCAGCCCUGAAGGCCCAUGCCAAAGAGGCUUGCAGUGGUCCCAGCACUAUGGCGACCCCAGAGAGCCUGGCCAGCCUCAUGAAGGGCAUGGCCAGCAGCCCCAGCCGUGGUGGCAUCAGCUGGCAGAGCUCCAUUGUACACUACAUGAACCGCAUGAGCCAGAGUCAGGCCCAGGCUGCCAGCAGACUGGCACUCAAGGCACAAGCUGCCAGUAAGUGCAGCCUUGGGCUUGACCUAAAAGUGAGGACGCAGAAAGGGGAGUUGAGCCCCCCAGGAAGCAAAGUCCCGAAGGUUCCGGGCAGUGGGGCUUCUGAGCAGAAAGGGAGCAGCGCAGGGGGAGGGCCUCACAGCCACGGUGGGAGCAAGGUAUCUGCCGGGGUUCCAGGCUCCCAACUGACCCCCACCCAGGAACUCAGCCUGCAGGUCUUGGACUUACAGAGCGUCAAAAAUGGCGUGCCUGGCGUGGGCCUGCUUGCCCGCCAUGCCACAGCCACCAAGGCCCUCCCUGCCUCUCACCCAACCACAGGCAAGGGCACUGGAGGUGGCUCCACGGGUGUGAGUGGGAUCAGUGUACCCACUGACACCAGCAAAGGUGAGAAGGUGGCCUCCAAGACGGCAGCUCUGCCCACUCCUUUGGGCAAAAGGGACAGUGUCAAAGGUAUUGCUGUCCCCAGUGGGCAGGAGGGCCACGCGGUGCCUGGAGAAGGCCGCAAGGCACCAGCACUGUCUGAGAUGAGCACGGGGGAGGAGAGCAGCAGCUCCGAUUCGGACCCUGACUCGUCCUCACUGCCUAGUGCUGGGCAGAACCUAUCGGUGUCUGUGCAGACCAGCCAGGACUGGAAACCCACCCGAAGCCUCAUUGAGCACGUCUUUGUCACUGACGUCACAGCCAAUCUCAUCACCGUCACUGUGAAGGAGUCGCCCACCAGUGUAGGCUUCUUCAACCUGAGACAUUACUAGGGACGCUGCCUGACUUAGAGCAGCCUUCCAGUCUCUGGCUUUGUGUUCACGUCUGACCCAGGAGGCCAGCUCUGCUCUGUGCUGAGACUUAAGGCAGAAUCUGCCUUCCCUGCCUGGGGGCUGGCUUCCCUGGUGAACCUACCUCUCUGGGCCCCCACUUUGCUCUCCUGUCAUCUCAGGAAAUCUGGGUGGCCACUAUGUCCCAAUACCCUCUCCCACCUUGGACAGAGCAUUUCUCCUCAGCAGGUGAUCCUCCCUGGCCUAGUGAGACCCUCCCCUUCCUUAGCCCUGCUCUCGCUGUCAGAGGCAGGGUCUGGUGCAGUUGAUGUCCCUCGCAAGCCGCUCUGCCUGGCUCGUGGUAAGGUGGAUCCUCUCGUUGGCAACUGAGCUGGAUGUCUCCAGCAGAGCAGUUCUGCCGCGGCCUGUCAGCCAGGAUAUGACGGUCUCAUCCCAGCACUCGGGGUAUGCUGAGGCACCACCAUGUUUGGGUGCAGGGGAGUCAUAGCUCUGUUUAUCUUCCCUGCAGGCUUGAGUCACAGUGAGAAAUGAGUCUUAAACCCAGACCUGCACCACUGAUCAGGUGGUCAGCUCAGGGCCAUCUAGGGUAUGCCCUAGUUCUGAGAGCUGAAGCUGCUGGGCCUGAGGGAAAGGUGGACACUGUAGGCCAGAGACAGCCCCAGCUGGGGAAGAGCUUGCAGCCCUGGACCAGCAAGCCUUUCCACUAGCUAGAAAAUCUGGUAACGGUGGCCCAGUCGUAUUCAGGGGCCCGUGAGCUGUGCUCCAGCCCUAGUGUAGGGGUGCAGGCCCACCACAGCCCCCUUGGUGCAGGGUCCUUCCUGGUGGCUUGGCCCAUUCUUUGGGUGCCAUUUUCCCUGACAAUCCUCCCCUUUGUUUAGGGGUUCCAUGUUCCCCUUCCCAUCUGAGAAGCAAUAUCUCUGUACCGCUUGGGAUGUGGGAGAGUGAGCAGCUCACCUGUCAGGGCCAAGAAAGGCCAAAGAGCUUGACCCUGAUCCUGACUUUGGCCCCUCCUGGCCUUGGAAGACAAGUUCUGAGCUGUCUGUAUGCCUGUGUGCCCAUCAAGGUGGCCAAAGUCUUCAAACUGCCUUGUCAGGUUGCUGGCCAGUGUCAAGAUGUCUGUGGACAUGGGCCUAGGGCAGGGUGGUGGCAGUGACAGGAGCCUGUGAUGCCAAAAAGUGGGGGCACUGUGAAGCCUUUGUUUCUGCUUCCACUCACGGGUGGUGCGCUGGCAAGUGGGGGUGGGGCUCCCUCAGUUGUCUUGCAGGGGAGAAGCUGCCCUUUCCAAAACCACCCUGGACUGAGUGGGCUUCCCAGUCCCUCACCCCUCACACACCAAAUAGGAAGAGAUGGCCUUUUGUAGCCAAACUGACCUCAACUGUGCCUUUGGGGACAGGCCCACGUCCACAGCUGCCGAGGCUGACCACGUGUAGUCUGCUGUGUCUGGCAUGCAAGGGAACAGUGCCCACCGUGCAGGCCGGAAGGCUGGGAAGCAAGUAGCCAGGAGGAAGAAUCACCUGCUGGCUCUGUUCACCCUGGCCUUCCAUCGUCUCCAAGUUCUGCAGUUUACGCAGAGCACUGCUAUCAGAAACUCCUGCAAACCCCUUGGGUGCCCUUGGGGUCCCAUGAGCUAUUGGAGAAGUGAGUGUGUCCCUAAGUGUUUGGUUUGACCAGCCUAUUCUCAGCUGCCAGGUCUCCAAACCAAAAUUUGGUGCCUUUAUUUCUUACCAGCUUAUUUCAAUCCCAAAGUUGAAACCCACAAAUCCCUUCCUCCCGGCCGCUUUGCCUUGUACGGUGUGUCUGCCUCUGCCUCCUGCGCUCUGACCCCGCGGCUUAUGUUACAGAGAGCGGGCGAGCCAGCGAGUGCACAGGCGCAAGAACCUUGCUGGAGCGCUCUGCCACGUGCUCCCAGCUGGUUGUCUCAUGUUUACCAAUAAAUAAAAGUAGUCCUUUUAUAUUUUUAUUUGCUGCUAUUUAUAUGUGUGUGUGGAGCUAGGCAUAAAUUACACUCAUCUAAGACUCAUUCCUUUAUUCCUAAAGGUCCCAGGUGAACUGCCACAGUGGAUAUCUUGCCUCUACCUUUCUGUUUUUAUUUGAGACAGGGUCUCCAGUCAAGAACCUGGAACUCAUGGCAAUCCUUCUGCCUCAGUCCCCCCAAAUGAUGGGAUUAUAGAUUGAGACGCCACUCACAUCUUCGUCCUUUUGUAUACUUCUGUAUUAGGUAGAAAGUGGCCAGACUGUCCUUUUCCUAGAGGUCUUGGCAUAUUUUUAUAUGUAUAUUUGGUACCAAAAAGAGUGUUCCUUGUAUGGGUUAUACCCGGGAUGCUGACAGGACUGGAAUGAUCUGGGUCUGGAGUUUCAUCAGGAGAAAAUGGACUCUGAACCAGUGCCAGUCACUGGCUUGAUUUGAGUUUUGUAAUUUUAAAAAGCACAGCCGUUCUAGUAGGCCGCUUUGACGGCUUUAAAGUAUAGCUGUUUGCUUUUGUAGAGAGCGAGCCAGCAAAGAUGGGUAUGUUACUACCCUGGAAAAUUUUGGGAAUCUUUGUCGAAACGAGACAACAGCCGAGUUUGCCCACCAAACUCCUCCCCUACUUAUUUGGAACCCGCCAGCCUGGGGAAAUGGCUGCGCCAGGAAACCCAGCAAGGUUUGGGAUGGAAGGGCUUGGCAUAGGGCAAGGGCAGUGCCUGGACGGCUGCACUGUUACCCAAAUGCAUCUCAGCUCUAGGCAGGGGUGUCUAGUUUUAAAAAAUAAGUAAUACCAACAUAGUUUAUGGGGCUUUUUAGACUGAUGUUAAUUUAUUUUUCAUGGGAAAAACAUGAGUAAAUGGCAUCGGGAGAUUAUUGUCUUUUUGUUAACCUAGUAUCAAUAAAUAUUUUUUUAAACUUUU